AUGUCUCGUGCGCGCUAUGCUAUUGUGCUGACCGACAACGGAGAAAUGCACAUGGAUGGGGCAGAGGGCACCAGUUUGAAGGGCGAUGGAAUUUGGAGAUACUCAACGGUGCAGAGCAUGCGGGGUUUCCUAGGCGUGUUGUGUUAUGACGGCGUGUGUUUUCUGGAGACCAAGACCGACUUCACCGAGAAGAAGCUGACUCGCAAGAGCCAGGUGUGGCUGAGCUCGAAGAAGAUUGGAUACAAGGGAGGAGGCCAAGGAAUAAGGAGAUCUGCAGAAGUGGAGGAGGAAGAGAAGAAGAAACGUCGACACGGAAAAUAUCCUAAGCGGACACGUCACCCUACGAACCAUGAACGCCCGAAUUGCGAAAGAGACAGCAGUAUGUCAGUCACGAGCGUGGUCAGUCAAACUUUCCAAGCAACCCGGCGCACCCUCGAGGCGUUGGAGCGGGAAAGGCAGAAGAGCAAGGUACUGGAGAAGCAAAAGGCUUCGUUGAGCACCGUGAUAUGA